AUGUCGAUGCGCAUCGUCCCCGCCGACGACCACUCCUCCACCUUCAGCCACAUCCGGCCGAGCGCACACGGCGCCCCCUCGGCACCAGGCCUGCACGACACACUCCGCGCGGGCGUGGGGCCGGACCCCUUCGCCUCGGCCAGCAGGGAGUCAGCCGCGCCGGCGUCGGCGCACCCGCUCGAGUCGCGCCUGAAGCGCUGGGAGUCGACGCAGGAGGCCCUGCGCAUGGAGAUGCUGCGCAAGACGUACGGCGUCGCCGAGCCCAUCCGCCGCGGCAUGGAGCUCAAGAUCACCCAGCAGGGCGAGUGGCGGCCGAUGGCGCUGGGCGGCGGCGGCGGCUCUGCGGGCGUGCACGAGGACAUCCUGCGCGGCCGGGACGCCUCCAUCAGCUGGGAGGACGUGUACACGGGUGAGGAGCAGAGGGCCGCCGUCGGCGUGCACGAGGAGAUGGAGAGGAAGCUGAAGAUGUGA